AUGCCCCCAAGACGUGCGACUGAAGAAGGUGAGGAAAGCACAGAGGAGGAAGAAGAACUCGAAACGACCACGGGAUCUGAAGAGCAGAGUGAAGUGGAGGCGCCUGUGAAGAACGUUGAGGUGGAAACGGCUGCGGUUUCAGAGGGUUUGCUGGUAAACAAUCCAAAUGACGAGAAAUACGUCGUGAAGGAUGCGCGGCCUGUGCGUACUCCUCCUGAUAAACCUUUGGAAUCGGAAACGUCGGAGGACAUCCGUCUGGAGUCACAGGCGCUCGCAAAGGAUACGAGUAAGCCUGAGGCCAGUCGGAGGGGUCCAGCUCAGGCUACCGCACAGCUUUCGCUUGGCGUGGAUGUUCAGAAGCUGCAUAAUAAACCUAAUGACGAAAUGGUAAUGGUAGAGGAUGGACUCAAUAUUCCCACACCCCGCGGGAACGGCAAAGACAGUGAAGCUGGAGGCGGUUUAAUUCUGCGGAAUGCGCCUCAUGAUGAAGCAAUUCCUUUGUCUACCAUGGGCAGCUCCGUCGGUACGCCCAGCAAACAGGCUCCUGGGCAACUCGGUGCAAUGGCGCCCACCGAUGACGAAAGUAGCGCAGACGAGGAGGCCGAAGAAGUGGAAGGUCACUCCCGCGGCUAUACCAAUCAACGACCCGAGGCCAUUGAUACGGAGACCGAGAUAAAGACCAACGUGAUCCCAAACCUUGAGUACAACCCACAGGAUUACGCCAAAAUUAACAGCACCGCCAGCCGGGAGAUGCAGGAACUCUUUAAAUACAUUCUUGAUUACCAGCCCGUUAUACCGGAACUUCCAGCAAAAUUGCGUCCAUUUAUCCCUGACUACGUCCCGUCCGUUGGAGACCUUGAUCCCUUCUGCAAGAUAUCUCGCCCAGAUGGGCGACCAGAUGGAUUAGGUCUUUUUGUUUUGGAUGAACCUUCUGUGUCGCAGUCUAAUCCUGCCGUCGUUUUGUUAGAACUUCGUGCAACAAACAUUCACUCCAGCGGUGGUUUGGCGGAGGUGGUAGACUCCUUUGAGGAUGCCGCCAAUCGGCCGGAAGUCAUUGACCGCUGGAUUGCGGAUGUCAAGAAGGUGCACUACAAGAAACCCUUGCCGACGACCAACUACCAAAAACCCAUGCCCGAGAUAGAGUCCCUGUUACAGGUUUGGCCCCCUGUGUUUGAAGAGUUUCUUAGCUCGGAUAUUCAGUUUCCCCCGCCGCAUAUUGACAUGGACCUGGACCAGUAUGUGCGCACCCUCUGCUGCAUUCUUGACAUUCCCACCUACAACUCACUUGUGGACUCAUUGCAUGUGAUGUUCACGGUCUAUCAGGAGUUCCGGGCAAACCAGCAUUUUCAACAUGAAUAG